UUUAAGUUUGAAGUGACUGGGCUCGGACUGCAGCUACAGCAGCAGCCCACUGCCGUGUACACCCUACACGGGCACGACACGGACCACCGCAACCCUACGGCUCCGUGGACACUUAAGUACUGGGAUGAUUUUGAUGGAGUGAGACAUUGCUGUCAGAGGAGAUCUAACACAGUCCUGGGUUACUGCUUUUGAAGAAGCUACUUCAAAUCUUAUCUCUUGCAUUAAGUAGAAAAAGCAGCUCUUUGAAGCCUGAGCUGUGUAAAACUGCAAAUGGAUGGAAUAGACACCUUGCAGAGCUCAACCCUGGAGACGAAGGCUGAGCGAAUUGCCCGCUACAAGGCAGAAAGGAGGAGAGAGCUUGCUGAGCGUUAUGGCAACACAGAAGAAUUCACCUCCAGAUAUGUCCGGAGGGACAGGAAAAUUGGUGAGUCAUCAGAAGCAGCGCCUUCAACAACCAGGAAGAAUGAAAGACAAGAGGAUAAUGAAUCAGAGCAAACAUAUACCAGGAGGGAAUACAGGAGUAAGGUAGCAGAACCUGAUGACGAGCCCACCCAUCCCACAGAGGACACCAGUCCAACUAAAGCAGACACAGUAGUCUCAUCUACAAAGUCCUCUUAUUUCAGGCUUCGGGAAACAGAAGACACGGAAGAGCCAAAGGUUGAUGAGAAGCCUGUGGACUCAGCCAAGAGGACUUUUACAUCCAAGUCUUCUCUUUUUAAGGAACUGGACGGGACAGAGGAUGCUGGCAGCAGUUGCCAUGCCAACAGUAGAGUAAACCGUCAGCAAAUCAGGGGUGACAAAGAGACUGCCUCUACUAGCAUCUUUAAAACCAGUACAAGCAAAGGAAUGGAAGAGAAAAAUGACACCACUAGUAAAACUACAGCAAAGGAUCAGGAUGAAUGUGUCACCACUGAGGAGGAAAAACAGUCUCAGACUUCCAGCCUCCAUGCUGACAAGGCUCUCAGCAAAAACACAGAUGCCUCUCCCCCUCCCUCGCCUCCCUGCCAGCCCACCACACUGCAGCGCCAAGACUCGGAACCUCGAGGCAUCAAGGGAAUCCUAAAGAAAAGCCGCUCCACCAGUGUUGAGUCAGACCACAGCGAGUCCUCGACAUCUGAGUGCGUGCCAGCCCGACAAAGCAGUGUCACACUCAGCCACUCUGUGAGCGAGGAGGAAAUGGACGAAGAGGAGGAGUUAGGGGAAGAGGUCAAUGGUGAAGAUGACAGAGAGGAUGAGUCCUUAACUGAUGAUUUCACUGAUGGAGGAUGCUUCAGCAUCAACAGACAAGAGAGGGAAGACAGCAGCGGUAGCAGCAGAGGGAGUUUUGAAGAGAUGCGAAGUCCCUCUCCUGAUGAGAGCCUGGAGAAAACCUCUACUAUCUCUGAGGAUGUUGAGGAGCUGGAGAGCAGUUUGGAAGGAAGCUUUACCUCCUCACUCAAACAAAGACUAGCAGAUUUGACCAGUGAAGAAUGUGAGAAGAAGGAUAGACUGAAGAAGCCUAAGCCCUCUGAGCUGAUCCAGACAUCACUGGCUGAUCGUUUCUGCCAGCUGCAAGAUGCUGAAAAUGCCUGGAAGAAAAAGAAGUCCAGUGUGGAUGUGGAACCCAAGAUGUCACUGGCAGACAGGAUGAAGGUCCUGAAGGAAAAGGAGGAGCAGUGGAAGAACAAAGGCAAAGGGGCAGCCAAUGACUCCAUCCAGUUCACUGUAGCUGGACGCAUGGCCAAGAGAGGUCUGGUGACCGAUACAGGAAAAGAAGAGUCACCUCUCAUCGCUCUGAAGAAGUCAAAUGCAACUCCUGUGAAGCCACAUGAAGAAAUUUCCAGUAGAACUGAUGUGAAGGUGGAGGGAGAUAAACGGCUUGACAAGCUAGAGUCCUUCCUCGACAAGCUUCACAGUAAAGGUGUGAGCAAAAGCAAAACAUCCACCAUUGAGGUGACGGCUGAGACGGAAAAAGAAGUGAUGACCCUCGAUGAUGACGAGACAUUUGGCAGCUUCUACAAACCUGUGUCUCCCUCAACGCUCCAAGAUUCCAGUGUCAUCCUGACAGAGGAAGACCUCAGCCAAAUCCAGGCCGAUACACCCAAACUCACCUCAUCUGUAGCAGAACAUAAACGUGCAGUGCGUCCAACCAGAAGGAACCAGGGCUCCAGGAAUCCUCUACGGGCGCUGGCUGCUCGCAACGACAUCCGCCAAGUGUACACUGAGCAGAGGCUUAACGUAGCCACAGUGGAGACCAAGAGGAUCCAAGUAGAGAGAAUGGCAAAACACUCCAACCUGGCUGAUGUGGCACUGGCAGGCCUCGCAAGCAAGGAGAACUUCCGCAAGGUCAGCCUACGCAGCGUGAAAUCCACCGAGGUUGUGACCAACAACAGCGCACUGCCUUUCCACAAACUCAUGCUUAUUCGCAUUAAAGGUCGGAGGCACGUUCAGGUGCGUUUGAUGGAGCCAAAAGCCCAUUCACUAAACAGCGGCGACUGCUUCCUUCUCAUAACUCCAAAGCACUGCUUCAUGUGGAGCGGCGAGUUUGCCAAUGUCAUAGAGAAAGCAAAGGCAUCAGAGAUGGCGUCUUUUGUCCAAGCUAAGCGAGACCUUGGGUGUAAAGCCCCCCAGGUGACGGUGCUGGAGGAGGGCAUCAACACAGAGAGCAGAUGGGCCAAAGAGUUCUGGAGCCUGCUGGGAGGAAAGACCAAAUACAGAGGGGCAGGGGAGCCGGAGGAGGAUGAGCUGUAUGAGAGCGGGGUAGUGGACUCUAAUGGUAUAUACAGACUCCAGGGAGACAAGCUGGUGCCUCAUGAAGAUGCCUGGGCGUCCAUUCCCAGUGUCUCUUUGCUCAACUCCAAAGAGGUCUUAGUGUUUGAUUUUGGGAGUGAAGUAUACGUGUGGCAUGGGAAAGACGUGCCCUUAGGUGACAGAAAAGUCGCUGUCAAAUUAGGCAAACAACUGUACAGCGGCAGCUACGACUACAGCAACUGCAGAGUGAACCCUUUGGAUGCCUCCUGCACAAAUGAGGAUGUGCCACAGAAGGGGGAGGGGCGUCCAGGUUGGACUCUUUUCGGCCGCUUGUCAGAGCACAAUGAGACGGCCCUGUUUAGAGAGAAGUUUCUGGACUGGGCCGAGAGGAAGAAGGAGGAGGCAGCCCUGGCCGAGGAAGUCAAGAGUCCGAUCCAUUCUAAUGUCCGCCCCGCGUCUGACCCGGAGCUGCAGCCGUGUGAUGCCAGGGCGCUGCUGGAUAAUGAGCCGGACCCUGUGAAGACCGUCCUGGAGGGGGUGGACGUCCAGCGGGGCCACGGCCUGGUGAGGACGGAGGAUGGAAGGCAGGCAGAGUUGGCCACGGUCGCUGUAGACGCCUGGCACAUCAAAGAGCACGGCGAGGAGGAGCUGCCUGAAGAGAGCCUGGGCCAGUUACACGACGGGGACGCCUACAUCAUCCGCUGGAAGUACUCCAUCACUACACUCGUGGGGAAGCGGCAGAAGCCUGGGGAGCUGAGUGCUGGCACUCCUGGAAGGGAAAGGACAGCUUGUUUUUUCUGGCAGGGCAGACACUCCAGCGUCAGCGAGAAAGGAACCUCAGCUCUAAUGACAGUGGAGUUAGGCAGCCACAGGGGGGCGCAAAUGUUGGUGAGUCAGGGGAAGGAGCCCCCCUGUUUCCUCCAGCUCUUCCAGGGGGGUUUGAUCAUCCACAAGGGCAACAGAGACAGCGCUAGCAACACAGGUUGGAGGUUGUUCUGUGUCCGUGGUGAGGUGGAGCCAGAGGCGUCACUGGUGGAAGUGGACUGCCAACACGCCAGCCUGCGGUCCAGAGCCAGCCUGGUGCUGCUGAAUGCUCAGACAGGCCGCCUGUAUGUGUGGCAUGGCUGUAAAGCACAGGCCGGUGCCAGACAGGUGGCCAAACGGGCAGUGGACAGGUUAACCCAGAGGUGUCCGUCAGAAGUGGGUCUGAGUGGUGUUAAACCUGAGGAAGUGGAGGAAGGAGGCGAACCUGCGGAGUUCCUCAAGGCUCUGGGCGCGCAGGAUAAGAAGCAUUAUGACUGCAUGUUGAAAGAUCCAGGGAAGUACAACUACACACCGCGGCUGUUCCGGCUCAGCGCCAGCUCGGGGGUGUUUGAAUGGGAGGAGAAGCUGUAUCCCGCCAGGGCCACUGAGGGAGUCAUGGCGAUGCCUUUUCUGCAGGAGAACCUCUACUCGGCACCACAGCCAGCGUUGUUUCUGUUGGAUAACCGUAUGGAGGUGUACCUGUGGCAGGGCUGGCAGCCUGAAGACACCCAGUGUACGGGAUCGGCCAAGAUGCGCUGGGACAACGAGAGGAAGUGUGCAAUGGAGACUGUGCUGCAUUACUGCAAAGAGAAGAAUCAGCGGCGCCCUCCUCAGGCCUACCUAGUCCAAGCAGGAUGCGAGCCCUUCACCUUCACCAACAUCUUCCCAUACUGGGAGAAGGACAGCAGUAUCGUCUCAAAGACCGAGGGCUCCAAGGCCAAGGUGGUGUUGGUGAAGGAGGCGCUGUCAAAGCUCAGUAAACAGGAGUACUCCAUCGAGGAACUGACGAGGAAGCCCCUCCCAGAAGGGGUGGACCCUCUGCGUCUGGAGGACUACCUCUCCGACCACGACUUUAAGACGCUUCUGGAGAUGAGUCGAGUGGAAUUCUACGCCCUACCAAACUGGAAACAGAAGAAUCUGAAGAAAAGCAAGGGCCUUUUUUAAAACACAUUUUUCUACACAAAUCUUUGUUUUAUUUUAUUUUGUUUUCAGCCGCUUUUCUUACAUUUUGUACUCCAGUGUAAUUCCUAUCCUUAUUUUUGUAAAGGAUAAAAAGUAAUUGUACAAUUUUGUUGAAGUAUUUGUGUAUUUCUACAAAAAAAAAGCCAUUCUAAAGGUUCUUUGUGUUAUUGUCAAUAUUUUAGCCAACUAUUAUGUGCAAUUUUUAGACAUCUUUUUAAUGGAAAAAUGUUUUCCCUUCAUGGUGAGACAGCUCCCUUCACAUUAUACAUAUGUAAUAUACUAUAAAUGAAUGUGUUUUUGUUUUCUGUGUAUAAAUAAAAUAGCCUGUGGUUUAGGGAUUCAUUGAUUUUUGCAUUUCAUGGAAAAAUAAGCAGUGUAAUGGGAUUAAAUUGUUCAGCUGAAAAUCUUCACUUUGAUUAAAAAAAAAAAAAAAAUCAGCUUCUAGAUAUGUGUGUCUUCUCUGAUUUCAGCUCAGUUUUUAUUAAAUAUACUGUAUGCUGAUGUUUUCAUGAGCAGUCUGAUAUUGCUGAUUCUAGUCAGGUUAAACGUUUGGUACUGAAUAAUUCCUGGUUUUUAUGACUAGCUGUGUGCCACUGACUCUGAUUACCUGACUAUCUGGGACCAAUUCUCAUGUUUUUUUAAUUUCCUCAACAUGUAUUUUUCAUGAUUUUCUGUUUGUGUAUAUGUGUAUGUGUUGUGUACAUGUAUGUGUGUGUGCAUGCACUUGUAUAACCAUGACCAAGUAUUAUAUGUGUCUGAGUACAGUACAGUAACCAACGACAACCUGCAGAACACGCUGCCUUUAUGACUGUAACUGACACCAGAUCUGUAUCCUGUACCAUGUCUGUUUCCUGUGAUUACAUAUAAAACAUGCCCGUGUUGUCGUGUAUUAAAACAUUCUCUGCCUGGUAUAAACAAAAUGGCCUCAG